AUGGCAGAUCCCAAGUUAGCACCCGGCAAAGACAAGACUGAAGACAAAACCAAGCCUAAAAAAGACAACGGACAAUUUAAAAAAUAUGGUCAUCUUGAGUUGGAUGGAUCGUUCACGGCACAGCAACCCAGAAACAUCAAAUUGGCAGCUGAUGCACGGAAGAUUGACAUGUCAAUUGAACAGAUUAAACUUGAACCUGCGUCUAAAAGACUCAGCCAUCAGGAAUCACAAGGUCAUCUUGACAGCAAGCCUGAUCGAACGGAGAUGCGAUCUUCGACCUUAGGUUCAAACGGCGCAAGGAAAGAAGCAGUGGAAGUGGAACCCGCAGGUUCGAAACCGGUUUCGCAAAGGCUCAUAUCUCCAGUAGUGGCCUCCACUAAUAAGCAAGAACAGCCAGAUGAUUCAGCUGGGAAGAAAAAAAAAGUUAAAGGACAACCGAAGUUGGAAGAUCAGCAGCAGCAGCAGCAACAACGGAUUCCAUUGAAAACGGAAAUUGAGGAUAUCGCCAAGGGACAUAAAAUCGGUGAACGUCACCCAAAAGCAUACCUAGAAAAACCGGCCUGGCCGAAACUGAUAGAGGGCAUUCCUGCAAAUAACGAGAAAGAAGUUAAGCCAGGACGCGUUAUCGUGCCACAAGCAGACUUGGACAAGCCUCUCGUCGAUGACGUGGAUGUUUUAGCGCCGAUAGCUAACAGCAAACGUGUGCGAAAACGACCGUCAGGACAGGGCUCUCCGAAGAAACAGGAUGUUGUAAAAAAUCAAAAGGUACCUGUGGGCAAAGUCAGUUCCGAACAGCCUUCUUCACUUGCGGGGCGUCCCAUAUCAGCAGACACACUGAAGCAUUUUACGGUGAAUGGGGUGAAGCAUCCUGCCACUAAGGCGUUGGAGCAGUCAGUACUUAAAACGCCGGGGCGUCGUCGGCGCCGAAGGGUGCAAACGCAAGGUAUUGGUUUUCUACAUGGAUUCCUGUUCUCUUUGAUAUUCAUAUCCGUCCUGGCAUUCUACUACCCCAAAUACUUACCAGCACGACUGAGAGGGGACACGAUCGAACCAGACGAGGAUGACACAGAUACAAGAAUAAUACCACCCCAUUCUCCUUCACUAAAUACGCCGAACGGACUGCCAGUUAUUGUGGUCGGAGGAGGAUUAAGCGGCCUUAGCGCUGCCCGCCAGCUGAUGAAGAUGGGUCGAGAGUUCCUAGUUAUCGAGGCUAGAGAUCGAGUCGGUGGUACGAUUCGUUCACAGGAGUUUAAAGGAUUUGGAAUUAUGGAUUACGGGGGCUCGUAUAUAGGCCCAAACCAGACACAUAUUCGGAGAGUCAUUGAAGAGCUGGCUCUUGGAGGCUUACUCUACAAGGUUUACGACAAAGACAAAGAUGUCUACUUUGUUAGGGGAAAGCGAUACGUGACUGAACAGAAGUUCCGGCCUAAGUUUGCUAACUCAACGGUGGAGAAAGAUGUACUCACGUUUUUCUCACUAUUUGAAAAGUACGCGGCAGAAGUUCCUCUUGAAAAACCUUGGGAGGCUCCUAGAGCUCAUGAAUGGGAUUAUCAAACGGUGAAACAAUUCAUUGUGGAGAAUUGCAAAACCAAUGAGUGUCGUGACCUCGGAACCUGGUAUAUUCAAGUUAAUAUGGCCUGCGAACCAUUUGAAAUUUCUCUUCUAUAUGCAUUAUGGAUUGCUCGACAAUCCGAAGGACUGGAACAUCUAACGGCAGUUACCGGUGGCGCACAAGAAAUGAAGCUCCUUGGGGGUAUGCAGAAACUUCCUGAAGCGAUGGCCGCCUCUCUUAAAUGGCGCGUGAAACUGAAAUGUCCUGUAGUGUCGAUAACACACGGUUCAACUGCCGUCCACGUUGUAUGUGAAGAUGGCAGGAACUUUAUGGGAUCGCAUGCAAUAUUAGCCAUGUCUCCACAUUUGAUGACGAAGAUUCAUUUUCGACCCUCUGUUGGGUCCCACAGGAUUCAACUUCAGCAGAGGAUGCCCAUGGGCUCCGCUUGGAAAGUUCAGCUUUACUACAAGGAGACGUUCUGGAGGUCGAUGGGCUUCUCUGGAGCUAUCGAAAUAAUGUCCGAUCAAGAAGACUACGUGACGUCGAUACUUGACGACAGCAAACCUGAUUGUAGCUGUCCAUCUCUGACCGGAUUCGUCGUUGGCGACAAAGCCCGUAAAUUUCUCAAUGAAAAAUGGGAAACGCGGCGAGACAACUUUGUUACGACCAUUGCCAAAGCAUUCAAUUCAACACUUGCUUACAAUUUUACUAAAUACGAAGAACACAACUGGAUGAACGACGAAUAUUCAGGCGGUUGUUAUUCAAGUUUGAUGCCGCCAGGUGUAUUAACCACUUUUAAAAGCGUUCUGAGCGACCCAAUUGGACAGAUUCAUUACGCCGGAAGCGAUACGGCGACGGAAUGGUUGGGCUUCAUGAGUGGGGCAAUUAUGGCUGGCGAACGAGCCGCCAAGGAAAUCAUCAUAAGCGAAGGUGGUAAAGACAGCCCCACGAUGUCGCAAUAAUGACCUUUUCAUAGUAAACGAAAUGACCACUUACUCUGGGUGAGACAACAGGAUACACUGGGUUCUCAACAGCAACAGCAAUUGUGCGUCGUAAGUUCACAGAGCAUUCGGAGACUAGACACGGUGUUCACGUGCGGAUGUGUUUCGAAAGACCAUAAAGCUGGCCAUAUACAUAUUUGGGUGAACAAAUCAAACAUUUUCGAUACAACAAGUUGAAAUAAAAUUUUACGUUUUCAAUUUUGAAUAUUUUCACUUUAGUCAGCGGGCGUUUGGUAAAAUGGACCUGUUUGAUAAAGCCUAAAAAAGUUGGAUAACUUAAGCACCUUUAUGCACCUUACGCGGCGUCAUCCAAUACGCCGACAGAUAUGUGUGGUGAAAUGUCCGUUUUGUCGAGCGCAGUCGCGUCGAAAAUACGUUCGAGGGACCAUACGAGCGCGCCAUCUAUAUCAUUAGCAUUUUCUGUGCUUCUAUACCUCUUAAAUACCGCGGUAACACCAUGUUCUAUUCUGGGUUAUUUUGAUCUCGACUGCCAACUACUACAUGAUGCGCGUGAUAAAAUAUUAGAAAAGCUGUAUAGCAACCAUAAACACCUGAUCAGAUGCCACGUUCCAAGCAAACGGCACUGCGAAGUAAAUCGAGCCUGCAAGACGCUUGAGACUUCAGCAUUCCAUGUCUUGUGAUCUACUCAUCAAGCUGAAGGUACGAGAGGUUACCACCAGAGGAACACAAAGGACGAAAGAAGGGUAAUCCUUGUCGAAUGUGAUGGUUGCUGAUACACUCGACGAUGUACGAUUUUACCUAUUCAAUACACUAAUUGCUAAAGCGCAGAUCAAUCUGCGCAGAUGAAGCAGUUGGAAAAAAGAGUAACACGACUGUUUCAAGCUGAUUUUUUUAUGAUUUCAAUUGUGUGAAUCGUAUGAAAUAUUAUGUAGCAUCAUUAUCCACUUCCAGUUAGUUCAUAACUGAUAGCUUGAAUAUAAAUAUAUAGUGUAAAUGAUACUAAAAAGAGAACGGGUAUGUUUAAUGUAUAUCGCACAUUUUAAUUUGACUGUAAAACUCUUCGAUCAAAUACUAUAAUGCGAAUAAUUGUAUUCGUUGUACGGCGGUUGUUCCUUUGUCUUGAUGACCCCUGGCGUCAGAAUACAUUUUUCGCAGGUAAGGGACAACCGCUGGCCGAUCUAUAAACAUGCUUUUAAAUUCUCUAUGCGGAACUUGACUAGUAAACUAAUCGCUGGUCUAUGAUCCGUGCACUACCAACUAUCGUACCCUAUUAAUGUAAUAAUUCAUUAAAUAAUUUAUUUCGGAGGUAGCGAGACACUCUAGGAUUGGUCAGGUUACAUCGGCAUGGAGCGCUAAUGGUUGGAGAACGAACAGAUGAACAUUUGCUCGUAUAGCUACAUAUUAUUUUGAAGAUGGGUCAAAAUUAAACUUGACUCCGAACUGAAUUAGUGGCCCUUGGCAUUUAGUCACAGAUCAAUGCGACUGAUUCGACUAAUAUUUAUUCGUUAAUGAUUUUAUGGGGUUACUUCGUAUUCGAUAAUCAUAGUUGUUAUUGUUCAGAUUCAUAACAAACGAGAAACUGUAUGUUUUAAAAUUUGAUUUGUUGAGGAAUUAAUUUACCACGUAUCGUAGUCGUGCAUAAAUCGCGUUUCAACGUUAUGCACAAAAUCAUUGGACCAGCAUUUGAAUAAAGUUAAUCGGGUAACUUUCACAAAUUGCAAUUAUCAACUAUUGUUUUCAAAAUUAAUGGUUUUAGUACUACUGACUCCAAACACGAAACAAGCGUGUCUAUUUCAAAAUGUUAGCUUUUUAAUUCAGGAUUAUUAAAAAGUUCAGCUUUUGGUCCAGGAGAGACUCUAUGCUUAAAAC